UGCAGCGCUGCUUUCUCAUGCAGCCCCACAUCCUUGCUUACACCUUUGCUUACUUUAAUUGCCCUCCAAAUCUUUUUUUUCCUGGGCCGCCUUAUGUUUUGGUCGCACCUAUGCAACUGUGAGGAAACAUGUAUUCAACUCUUAACUUGUCAAGGUAUGACGACUCCAAUCUGUCAGCUGUUGACCCUGAGAGACUGCAGGAGCUGACUCACCGCUCCGUCAAAGUAAGCAUAAUUAUCGUUUUGGGCCUGAUGAUCACUUUGGGGAAUAUUGCAGUUCUCCUGGUUAUUACUUCCUCCGUGGCUGGUUGGUCAAGAAACUCUCGGUACUUUCUGCUCUCUCUCACUGCUGCAGAUUCUGCGUUUGGACUGCUGGUCAUGCCCUUGAAUCUGUGGGUGAGUCUGCUAAAGGACUACACUGCAGGGCCAGAUGCUUUUUGUCAUGUCGUGGCCUUUUGCAACGCCACCGUCUACUCCACCUGCAUGUAUACACUGGCCACGAUAAGCCUGGAGAGGUACAUCGCUGUGUUUUACCCGCUGCAAUAUUCAUCUCUGAUGACAAGAAAAAGGACACUGCUCCUGAUUGCCUUCGCCUGGUGCUUUCCUCCCUUUCUUCUGUCGCCAAUAUCAUUUCCAGAUGGCAUUAUCGAGGUUCAUUUUUCUGCCGCAUCCCUGGUCUGCAAUCCGUCCUACUCGACAAACGUUGGAUACUCCCUAAGUUUGACCUGCUUUAUAUUUUUCCCUUGCUCCAUCAUCAUGACAUACGCAAACCUGAGAGUGUGGUGCGCUGCAAAGAGACAGAGACUGAAACUGCGUAAAUACGCCAGUGCCAGUCGAAACAGACACAAUGUGGCAUCCAGAGUGCUCCUGCCUGUGAUGGCAGCCUACUAUACCUGUUGGACACCCUGCAUGGCAGCUAUGAUCUACAAUGCUGUCUCAGGUUGCAGUGUACCAGAGUGGAUUGAGUUUGUGGUGGUAUGGCUGCCGACCUCCAAUGGUUUCCUCAACUGUAUCUUCUACUUCUGGAUAAACCGGAGCUUCCGCCGGAAAUUCCACCUCGUCCUCCAGAGGCUGGCUCUGGCCCUCUGCCCCAAACUGGUUGACACCCUCGGAUGCUGCAGCACUUCGAAAACCCAAUUUGUGUCAGGAAUUCUGGAUAAUAACAACAGUGUCCAUGAGCGCUCCUCCAGUGUAUCCUCCACCUGCACCCUGUUGAGUUUGGCUUAAGACGUCUGCAUCUGAGGAGCAUCACUGGCAUGGUAAGCGACAUCCUCAGUGACCUCUGUGCUUUGGUUUGUCUGGCUGUGCUGCUCAUCUAAAACUCAGUUACUGACAUAUCCCUACAUAAGGUAUCGAGGGAAAAAUAUGGGUUGCAAUGCAAACAUGUUGAAACGAAGACAGGCUUUAAUGGCAAGUACUUGAAACAACCACUGUGCACUCUACAUCAUUGUAAUUAGUUAUUUUGAUUAUUGUAUAUUUUUCUUUUUUUUUUAAUUAUCAAUUUGCUGUUUAAAAAUAGUGUUCAUUUGAGUGGAACACUGGCUGAGUUUGUAACUUAUUUUGAUUUUUUGUUUUACUCCUGCACAGUCUUGCAAAGAUUUAAUUUACUGUCAGAGAAUGCCUCUUAGACCACCUUUUAGUUGUUUUAUAGUAUGCCGUUAACCUUGCCUGUGCCCCACAGAUGCCUACAGCUCUAUAAUCUUUUAAAUAGUGCCUGCUGUUGCAAACUUAGACUUGUUGCUUAGGUCAACUUAUUUCACUUCAAACAUUUGAGUCAAUUCACAAGAAACUGAUAUUUAGACGUCUAUUCAUGUGAGACAUUUGUGAACUAACAUCACUAUCUGAUGAGGAGCACUUUGAAGGAUUGAGGCCAUCUACCUCAUCCUCAAUUUAAACUGUGUGUCGAAGACCUUGGCAUAUGACAGUUGGGAGAAGUUGACCUUUAAGUCACAGCAUUUCAGUGUAUGCAAGGAGAAAAGUAAUUAUACAGCUACACUGUAGAAAGGUCACCACAUUUGUGCUAAUAAGAGAUAACUCUGGUAACUUCUGAGGCUGCGGUUGUUUAUUUUCAGAUAUUAAGCCCAUUAUCUUCCUCCGUAGUAUCCUGUACCAUAGUAUAAAUUCAACUUGUCAGUACCACCUGCCACCUCUGUUUAAAUAGAAUUAACUAUCACAGUAAAGGCUGAUGCAGAUUUAAAGGUAUUGAAGAGUUUAGUUUUCCAGUAAUGUUCAAAAGAAAUUCAGAAACAUCUUAUGCAACUUGUUUUUGGCCUUUUGGUUGCUGCUUGGUGUCACCCACAUUCAUGUUUGUGCAAAUAUUGGCCCUUUCCACAAACCUGUAGAAAUUAUUAGAAUGGGUUGAGCAUCAGAGAGUCUGUCACUAAAUUAUGUGAGAACAAAAAACGACUUAAUCAUGACCUUUGU